AUGGCCGCCACACAGAAUCUGGCUCAUGUUGAGCCAACCAACGAGACCGCCAGGUGGCGACUGCUCGACCAGAUCCGCCGGAACCCAGGCCCGUUCACCGAUCCCAGCGCCGCGGACGAGGAAUCGCUGGCGAAUUUCGAAAAGAUGAAGAUCUUAGGCGCCGGUGGUCUAGGGUGUGAAAUCCUUAAGAACUUGGCCAUGUCCCAUUUCAGGGACAUUCACGUUAUUGACAUGGACACAAUUGAUAUAUCCAACCUUAACCGCCAAUUCUUGUUCAGGAAGUCGGACGUCGGGAAGUACAAGGCAGAAGUGGCAGCACGGUUUGUCGAGCAGAGGGUCAAGGGCGUCAAGAUCACGGCCUACAAUAAUCGCAUCCAGGACUUUGACGAGAGCUUCUACAAGCAGUUUCAGCUCGUUAUCUGCGGGCUGGACAGCAUCGAAGCACGAAGAUGGAUAAACGCCAUGCUGGUCUCGAUCGCCGAGGACGGGUCUGACGACCCGGACAACAUCAAGCCCCUCGUCGACGGCGGCACGGAGGGCUUCAAGGGCCAGGCCCGGGUGAUCCUGCCAACCAUCACCUCAUGCAUCGAGUGCCAGCUGGACAUGCACGCGCCCAGGGCCGCCGUGCCGCUCUGCACCAUCGCCUCCAUCCCGCGGCAGCCCGAGCACUGCGUCGAGUGGGCCCACGUCAUCGCCUGGGACGAGGAGAAGCCCUUCGCCCAGCUCGACAAGGACGACCCGGAGCACGUCACCUGGCUCUACAAGAAGGCCCUCACCCGCGCCCAGGAGUUCAACAUCCCCGGGGUCACCUACUCCCUCACCCAGGGCACCAUCAAGAACAUCAUCCCCGCCAUCGCCUCCACCAACGCCAUCAUCGCCGCCGCCUGCUGCAACGAGGCCUUCAAGCUCGCCACGUCCGCCGCGCCCUGCCUGGGCUUCGAGAACAACUACAUGAUGUACUCGGGCAACGACAGCAUCUACACCUACACCUUCAAGCACGAGCAGAAGCCCGACUGCCCCGUCUGCGGCAAGCAGUCUCGGCCCCUCGAGGUCGACCCCAACACCACCCUCCAGGCCCUCCUGGACUCCCUCGCCGUGCGGCCCGAGGCGCAGCUUAAGAAGCCCUCGGUCCGCGCCGAGGGGAAGACUCUCUACAUGCAGUUCCCCCCGAGCCUGGAGGAGAGGACCCGGCCCAACCUCGCGAAGUCCCUCGCCGAGCUCGGCCUCGAGAACAGGCAGGAGAUUGUCGUCACCGAUCCGGCCUUCCCUCUCGAGUUCACCUUCUACCUUGUUUUCAAGUCUUGA